GCGCGAAAUAGUCUGAGCGCGACUCGCCGAAGGGUUCGAGAGGAUUCAUUCGGUGACGUUAUGCUCACCUCUUCUGUCCACGUAGCGGUCUAGAUUGAAAUACUUGAUUUCCACGAGUUUCGACAAGCUGAUCAAGAUGCCUGAUAAACCAAAUGCUUCCAAGAAAAAGUCUCAACAGUUAAAAAGAAAUCCAAAAAGAAAAACUGAUGAUGAGGAAGUAGAGUUAUCAAAGAAAGAGGUUAGAGGCACAGCAAAAAGAAAGAAAAAUCAUCCAAAGCAUCUGUCUUCUGAAGGACAAACAAAGCAUACUAAUGUAAAACAGAUAAAGAUAGCAUCCAACAAGAGAAAAACCUGGCAACCUCUUUCAAAGAGUAGCAGAGACCAUUUGCAAACUAUAAUGGAAUCAGUAAUAAUAACAAUUUUAAGUAAAACUAUUAGGGAAAAAGAAGAAAUACAAUAUCAUCUCAACUUCCUGAAGAAAAGAUUGCUACAACUGUAUGAAACCCUGAAAGUCCCUCCUGAAAAGCUGAAAGAUUUAGCCAAUGUGCCAAGUCUACUGAAUAUGGAAAGGGCACAGGACAGAGCCAAUGAGGAAAGUCUGGAAUUAUUGCAGGAAGAAAUAGAUAAAAUGGUAGAGACCACAGAGUUGAUGACUGGGAAUAUUCAGAGCCUAAAGAACAAAAUUGAAAUUCUAGCAAAUGAGGUGGAAGAAGAAGAGAAGACACUAAAACAGGUGCUCCAAGUGGAUAGUAGUGGUGUACUCUCUCUUCCAGAACUUUCUCAGAACAGUCUCAAAGCACCCACACUUCAGAAAGAAAUUUUGACGCUAAUUCCAAACCAGAAUGCUCUUCUAAAGGACUUGAAUAUUCUUCAUAAUUCACCCCAGAUUAAGAACAUGUUAACGUUCAUUGAAGAAGCCUAUAAGAAACUGGAUGCCACUUGAAGAGUUUUUUUUUAGAUUGCUCCAUAUUAAUUUAAUGUUUAUGAAUUUAUAAAACUAUUAACCCAUGAUGAUAUUACAGAGGCUGAGGCUUCUGCAGGAUUUAUCCCCUGAUAUGCACUUUAAAAUUAGCUUCUGUAGAUCUAUCAUUAGCAUCUAAUGGAUUUCUGAAAACUCUUUUUAGCAGUUGCCAAAUCUAGGAAAUCAACAUUUAUAUUGUUGUAUCUGCAAUUAUUUGCCUAAAACCAUUAAACAAGAAGUCAUGCUCUAAGAGUUUAUAAUGGUUAAAUGGAGCUCAUUUAUUGGUUAAGUAUGGAAUUGUGGUAUGUAAAUUAUGUACAGUACCUAGU